AUGUUCUAUUCCCUUUUGUCGUUAUGGCAAGUAAAAUCCCAGAGGAGAAAAGACUCUCGAGCUGAAAAUAGAAAGGGGGAAGCUAAUGUCAGCUUGCCGUCGACUUCUUCGCCUCCAAGGUAUUUCAUCUCGGCUGUCUUCGAGUCAUAUCACGCCAAAACUGGCUGA